CGACAGCAGUGCCAUGUCAGCAGCAAAGAGUACCACGUCAGCAAGCCACCGGCCUGGUCUAUGCUUUUGCGCUCGCAAUCAGCCGUCAUGGAUCAAAUAUUCGGGGAAACGGACGAGGCCUAUCAGGGCCGGAUGCUGCUUCUAAUUACCGAAGCCAAGCAACGGUCGGAUGCAGUAGCAGCCGCAGCAAAGAAGAAGGCAGAGGACGCCGUGAAGGCACGUCUGUUGGCAAUUGAACAGCAACGCCAACAAGACGAGGCAGCAGCGAAGGCAACCGAUGAAGAACGACUUCAACGACGCGCGAAGAUGUUCAGCGGAGAGCGAGUUUUGCUCACAAUGGCAGCGAACUGGCGGGCCGAGGCUGAGAAUGGGAAGUUGGAAAAGAGUGGAAACAAGAUCGCUCUACUCCUCUCCCAUCUCACGGACCUCCUAGCCACGUGCAUUGUACAACAGGAGGACAAUCACAACCUCGACGACACAGUUCAUACACAUAAUCACGUGUUUGACCAAGUCAACAGCCGCCUCCAGCAGCAGGAACAAACCGUCGCCGCCCCCUUUGCCAGCUCUUCCAACACCUCCGAUCGCCUCGAGGCAUUGGAGAUUGACGUCGGAUCCGUCAAGGAAGGCCUACACUACGUCAACGAGCACAAACAUCACGCGUACUUAUACUCCCGCUCGGGGGGCGCAUGCCAAGCAUGGCUGGACAAUCUCCUGUCCAAGUACGGAGUGGUGGCUGUCGACUUGCAUACCAAGAUUAGCUGGGAUGAUCUAAAGGCAGUGUGGCAUACACGGUUCCAAGUAGAGUCGCCGGAGAUCAAGGCAACGAACAAGCUGAUGGUCUUCGAACAAGGCACGUUGUCGAGUGUUGACUGGAUUGCCGAGUACCAACGCUUGACAUCCGUCGCAGACAUUCAAAUAGGCUUCAAAGCCAUCAAUCACUACUUCAUCUCGAGGUCGUGUCCGACACUGGGCAAUGCCUUGACUCACGUCGAGGGUACCCCAACGACACUGGUGGAGUUCUUCAACAAGACCGCGAAGAUUAUUGUGACAAACAAGGAGGCUAAGAACCUCCACCAUUCGUCUGCGACAGGCCCGAGCAGAGAUCAGCAUCGGCCGAAAGUGGUCGUGGUCGUAGUUGCAACGCCAAUCGACCAAACUAGCGAGGCCGUGUCUGCUAAUGAAGGGGACAAACUCGUAGCCGCCUGGGAUGGUGGCCGCCCCGACAAAUGUCGAGGACGUGGCAAGACGAAGACAAACACCGCAUCUAGCGCCGGCCCAUCGCAACAGCUCCAGCCCCAUGGUCCCAAUACGGUAUCUCCGAGCAAGCAUACAAGGCACGCACGAGAUUCCAUUAUUGUCUGUGGUGUAACAGCAAUCUCCACGAGACAAUGGGCUGCCCGUCGAAAGGCAAGGGCAAAUUGGAAAAUUGAGCACUGUCGGGAAGCAAUUGUGGGUCAAAUUCCAUUGACUCUGUCCACCGCUGACGAAAAGCAGUCGACAGCUUCUCUGAACGAAAAGAAAAGGGAAAACAAAACAGUAUGAAAGGAAUCUCCACCUUCGCUGAGUGCAGGCUGUCAACUGCUGGCAAAUUCUCUGAGAAUUUGCACAGAAACAGUUCUCCACACACUCGCUCCAAGUGCAGUGUCUUGCUGUACCGAUGAAAUUGACAGUCUUCAUGCAUUCACGAUUCAUCGCCUGCGCUUACAGCUCCUCCGCCUUUCUUCUUCCUAUGAGGUGAACCAUAUGUUCCCGACGCCUCUCCUUCAAUAGCAUUCACGAUUCAUGGCCUGCGCUUACUGCUCCUCUGCCUUUCUUCUUCCCUCUAUAGAGAUGGAUGAUACGUUCCCGACGCCUCUCCUUCAAUAGCAAAAAUAAUUCUCCACACAUUUGCUCAUGGUGCGAUGUCUCGCUGUACCAAUGCAUUGACACUCUUCAUUGCAUUCACCAAUUCAUCGCUUGCGCUUAAGGCUCCUCUGCCUUUCUUCUUCCUAUAGAGGUGGACCAUAUGUUCCCGAAGCCUUUCCUUUGAGAGCGCUUCCCAGCCCAUCGUUGCCGGAAAAUGUUUAACGCUUUCCUUCACUUUCGUUGGGUCCAGGGUGUCUUCAAUUUCACCUUCUUCACCCUCUUCACUUUCAUGUUCGUGCACUUGACCCA